GCAAGACUCCCGUUGUAUCUGCCCUUCCCCCCCAUAUUCCCGACCCCAUCCCCCGGCCCAGUAGCAGCAGCAGCCAGAGAAGACGAAGGGUGUCUGCCAGAGCGGCCAAUAUGACUUCACUUAUUUUGUUGAACCGAAACACUGUGAAGAGACUUCCACUGCAAAUUCUGGCCCGGGCAUGUCAUGGAGGGCCAGAACUGAACCCUGAGUGGGCAGAGAUGGCCAAAAAGCAGCUAAAGGGAGGUGAGCCAACCAAGAUGCUGUGGGAGACACCUGAGGGAGUCACCAUCAAGCCGCUCUACACUGCCCAGGAUGUCACCAGGGAUAGCAAUGAGCUGCCCGGCAAGUUCCCCUACACACGAGGGCCGUACCCCACCAUGUACGCCAACCGGCCUUGGACCAUCCGACAGUAUGCAGGCUUCAGCACUGUGGAGGAGAGCAACAAGUUUUACCGGCAGAACAUCAAGGCGGGGCAGCAAGGUCUGUCUGUGGCCUUUGACCUUGCCACACACAGGGGGUAUGACUCUGACAAUCCCCGUGUGCAUGGGGACGUGGGGAUGGCGGGCGUGGCCAUCGACUCAGUGGAGGACAUGAAGACACUUUUCAGUGGCAUUCCCUUAGACAAGAUGUCAGUGUCCAUGACCAUGAAUGGGGCUGUCAUUCCCACCAUGGCCAUGUUCAUUGUGGCUGCUGAGGAACAGGGUGUGAAGCAAGAGCAGCUCUCGGGCACCAUCCAGAAUGACAUCCUGAAGGAAUUCAUGGUUCGCAACACCUACAUUUACCCACCUGACCCCUCCAUGAGGAUUAUUGGUGAUAUUUUUGGCUACACAGCUGAGCAUAUGCCAAAGUUCAACAGCAUAAGCAUCAGCGGCUACCACCUUCAAGAGGCCGGGGCCAAUGCUGUGCUAGAGAUGGCCUUCACCCUUGCUGAUGGUCUGGAGUAUUGCCGCACAGGACUGAAGGCCGGCCUGGACAUUGACCGUUUUGCCCCCCGCCUCUCCUUCUUCUGGGGUGUUGGCAUGAAUUUUUACAUGGAGAUUGCCAAGAUGCGAGCUGCUCGCCGCCUCUGGGCUCACCUGGUGCAGGAAAAGUUUUCUCCCAAGAACAAGAAAUCCACCAUGCUGAGAGCUCACAGCCAGAACUCAGGCUGGUCCCUCACUGAGCAGGAUCCAUACAACAACAUCAUCCGCACCACGGUGGAGGGUCUUGCUGCAGUGUUUGGUGGCACACAGUCACUCCACACAAAUUCCUUUGAUGAGGCGCUUGGGCUGCCCACUGUCUUCUCAGCUCGCAUUGCCCGCAACACUCAGAUCAUCCUGCAGGAAGAAACUGGCAUACCAAAGAUCAUUGACCCCUGGGCAGGAUCCUAUGCCAUGGAGACGCUCACCAAUGAGGUGUACCAGGCUGGCAGGAGUGUCAUUGAGGAGGUGGAGGCCAUGGGAGGGAUGGCAAAGGCUGUGGAGUCUGGGUGGGCUAAGUUGAAGAUUGAGGAAUGUGCUGCAAAGAGACAAGCCAUGAUAGACAGUGGCAAAGAAGUCAUUGUGGGAGUCAACAAGUACCGUCUUGAGAAGGAGGAAACGGUUGAUGUCCUGAUGAUUGACAACAAUGAAGUUCGUGAAACUCAAAUCAACAAAUUGAAGCAGGUUCGGGUGAACCGGGAUUCUCAGGCUGUGCAGGAGGCACUGGCCAGACUGGAGGCAGCAGCUCAGGGGAGCGAGAACCUUUUGGCUGCGGCAGUGGUGGCAGCUCGGGCCCGGGCCACUCUGGGGGAGAUCUCUGCAGCAAUGGAGAAGGUGUUUGGCCGGCACGUAGCAAAGGAUCGCCUGGUGUCUGGUGCUUACAAAACAGAGUAUGGUGACCAAGAUGAACUGUCAGCUGUCACUGCCAAGAUUGAGGAGUUUGUAGCAGCAGAGGGACGUCGUCCCCGGAUCCUAGUGGCCAAGAUGGGUCAGGAUGGCCAUGAUCGUGGAGCAAAGGUCAUCGCCACAGGAUUUGCUGACCUUGGAUUUGAUGUUGAUGUUGGACCGCUCUUUCAGACAGCAGCUGAGGUGGCACAACAGGCAGUCGACGCAGACGUGCAUGUGGUUGGAGCCUCUUCCCUUGCUGCUGGUCACCGAACAUUGGUCCCUGAGCUGGUUAAGGCACUGGCUGACCUGGGACGGCCGGAUAUCCUAGUGAUUGCUGGUGGGGUGAUUCCUCCACAAGACUAUGACUUCCUCAAGGAGAGCGGUGUGGCAGCAAUCUUUGGACCUGGUACACGCAUCCCUGUGGCUGCCCUGGACGUCCUCUCCCUCAUCACUGUAUCUGUGCAGAAACGAGCAGCUUCCAAUUAACCACAUCAAAUGACUAUCUAGUUUCCCCUAUUCUUUAAAGUGCUCCUUUAUCUUCUUGAAAUUGCCUGUUACUUGUCACACACACACAGAUAUUGGGGUGAUACAAUUUCUUAUCACCAAGAAAGUUUUACUGUAUAGCUGGGGCUCUGAUGGAUGUAAAAAAUAUAUAGGGGCUGAAUAUUUAAUUCAUACAUCAAAACACCUGAAAAUCAAUACAUGCAAAAGUGUGUGCAUGAUUUACUGGUCAUUGUCAGAAGCCAGUCAUCACACACAAGGCAACAUCUCUACACAUGCCAGCAAUUCACUUGGGACCUAAGCGCUUGGACAUUUGUUGACAAAUUCGUUCAUUGUUCAAACCUAAGAACUUGUGGGAAAAAAUAAUUGGUUCCUAGGGACAAAUAAAUAACAUAACAAAUAAAUAUGAAAUUUUUCCACAUUAAACCAGUUUCAUUACAGUUAACCAAUUGUUAUGGCACAUAUCCUCUGGUCUGUAAUGCUGUCAAAAGCAAAUAGUCUUUCGUCACAGUAACAUUAGCACAUGUGGCCUCAUUGUGAUGGGCAGCGCUGUGCAGUCCCAUACAGUUAUCAAAUCUGGAAACCUGUCCCUUGGAUGCAAGGAAUAUACUUUGUUCACUGGUA